CUUAGCGUUGGCAUCGAGGCGAAGAAACGAGUUUCGGGUCGAAAGGAGCACAUUUGUGUUGAAGUGUGCUGGAGGAGCAAAAUACCCGGCCAUGAGCAGAAAUACCCGGCCGGGUAUUAUUUGGAGCAGACUGGGGAAAACUAGUUUGGGGCGUCUGAGAAACAGAAGGGGGCCCGACAUUAAGCAUAAAUCCCCGGUCGGGUAUUCUUGACCCAGACCGGGGAUUAACCCCUGUUACCCGACGGUGCGUUUUGAAGAUACCCGGUCUCCACCCAAAAUACUCGACCGGGUAUUCAGACCGGGGAUCGCGACAGACAGCUUCUUAAGGGAAAAGAAGGGCAAAAGUGCAGGGUUCGGAGUUUUAGAGAGAAAAAGCGAUACCUAGAGAGAGAAAGUGACAAACCUGAUUCUGCAAGUGUCAUUGAUCGAUCUCCAUCACCAUUGGAGCCCGACUUGAGCUUGGAGAAGAGCUGAUUGAGUGCCAGAAGCAGAUUCUCAUCCUUCACAGUAUGGUUUCCGCAUCUGAGCUAGAUUUCCCAUCUCUCUCUAUGGAGUAACUUUCUUAUUCACCUGGGUAUGAAGAACCCUAGAUUUUUAUGUUAGGUCUGAUUGUAUGAACCCAAGUACAGAUUUAGUGAUAUGAUUAUAUUCAAUUGAGGCUUGAUUUGUUGAAUGGCAUGAAUCCUGAUCAAAUUCCUGUUGUUUCUGCUUUAACCUAGAAAGAGAAUAUCUUCCUAGGUUGAUAGUGCAUCCUUGAUUGAAGGUAGUGAAUUGACGACUUUAAUUGAGGAGUCAAUUCACUAUUCUGCACCGAAUUUACUUCAGUAGUGGAGGUUUGGUUCGUUAGGGCCUCAAUCUGUUUACUUCGGUGGAGGAUAGUCGCCCGCUGGGGACUCAGAUUGAGAAGGUCUGGAGACCUUUAGUCGAGACUUCAAACUGUUUAAGAACCUCCCGCAGUAUAACUAUCAUUGAAAUUGAACUUGGUAAAUUACAAUCCGGCUUAACUGCAGUCUAGGGGGAACCAUAUCCGGGUGACCUCUCUCGACUUGAAAACAACCUUUUUACUGCUUUGCUUGUUUGCUUGUUUGGAUCUUCACUAAAGUUUCACUGCUAAAUAAUAAGAACUCACGGAGUAGUCAUCACACUUAGGACUCGGGUUGACAUUAAAACCCAAACCCGAUAUACUACACUUUAGGAGGUGGUUACACUUGGCCAUUUUCUAGAGUGAUGGUAGGAGCGAGUCAGUACUACCCACUGUCCACACCGAGGUUUCAUCCCGGGUUCAAUCUAGAAAGGAAUUCCUAUCUAAAUGAGUACUACCCAACCAUAAAAUCCUAUUCAUACAUCUAACCUUAAUUUGCUUGAUGACACAUACCCAUCUAACCCUAAAACUCCAUACUCAGCGUAGUAGCUCAAGUAGGCUAGUAGAGAAGAUUAGGGCGACUUACCCAAACACAAUCGAAGCUAGUAAAGCAUGCAAAUCAACUAGAUAAACACAUUCAUUCAUUACCACUCUAAAAUAUGCUUACAUACAUAGUAACACUAAAACUAGGGUUUGCUGUUUAUAACCCCUAGUAUCUUAGAGUACUACUCCGUAAAGGAGGGAAGAAGAUACAUAGAAGAGUUGGAAGAAGACUUGAUGUUGAGGAAGAUGACUUCUCUUCUUCUAGCUCCUUCUCAUUCUUCUCCUUUACUCCUUCCUUCAGCUUCCUUCCUUCCUUCCUUCAGCUUCUCUCUCUCUUCUCUUCUCUCUUCUAUUUAUAGGCAUUAGAGGAUGGAGAAAAUCACGGACAGGAAAGGUCAAAAUCGCGGGCGCGAUCUUUUGCAUGGAGGUCGCGAUCUUGAGACGCUACCAUUUCGGCCUUCCGAGACGAGGAGGUCGCAGGCUGAUUUUGCGGUAGCGAUCCACGAGUCGCAGCGGCGAACUUCCUCGGGGUCAAUUUGUGCUUUGACCGUGUUCUGCCUGGGGAAACUCUCUAUUUCUCCUCGGCUUCUUCCUCAUGAAGUUCGCAUCCUGAGCCCUCUAGAUCGUGACCGCGAUCUUAGGCUUCCAGGCCGUGAUCUUUGGACUAUCUUCGCAGGCAUGGUUCUCGGUCGUGAUCUCCAACUACAGGCUGUGUUCUUCAGUCUUUUGCCCCAUUUGCUACACUUGUGACCUUAUUUUGUACCUAAUUCGUAUGUAUUGUCUAAAGCACCCUAAAAUCAUUAUGAAAUCAAAUAGGAACAAAAUACUAAUUCAUUUGACACUGUUCAAACAAUUAUGCACAUGAAUUGGCACGAAACAAAACUUAAUAUGAAUGGUAAAUAACACCAAUUUAGGUGUUAUCAAAGAUCUUGAUUGUUUCCAAGGGGAUGAAAUUGAAGAAGAAGGAAGGGAGGUUGACGAAGAAGAAGAAGGAGCAAGUGGUGUUUAAGAUGAGGAUGAGGUCGAGGUGGAUGAAGCAUCCACGAGUUACAAGUGCUACCAAUGCUUUCUACCCGAAUUUGACGCGCUUCUCGAGAAGGACCCAUUUGCGGAUCUUUGCCAAGCCAAGGCCAAACCAUCGAAGAUCCCUCUUGGUGGAUGCGAUGGAAGUCAAUCGACGAUGCACUACAUGGUGUGGGUCAAAGCGAGAGAAGAAGGAAAGAAGAAGAGGUCUAGUGGGUGGAGCCUCAAAGAUACUCGAGUUCACAAGCCCUCAAUCAUUGACUCGCCCAAUGCUUGUGACUUGAGGCUUCAUCUCACCGAAGAGAACCUCAACUUCAAGUAGGUCCUUGGAUGGACCGAAGUUAAAGGAGAAACCGUCUAGCUUAUGACGUAAAAGUAGCGCUCGUUGGGAGGCAACCCAACCUAGGUUUGUGUUUGUUGUUAUGUUAAGUACUUUUUUUUUGUGAAAUAACCUCGCAUUGUGCGAGAAUGUCUUGUGUUUUUGUGUUUGUUCCCAUGUGACACUCUCUCCUCUUCAUCUCUAGCCCAAUUUUGUGGCGACUUUCACUCACCAAACAAUGCGGUAACAUCAUAUUUUACGCCAUUGAGGGCAAUGUCGAGCUGAAGUGUGGGGGGGGGGGGUAGUUUUUUAUGCUUGUGUGUGUGAUUGAGUGCUUGGAGCCUAGAUGUAUGUCCAAAUUUUAAAAAUUUGAGGGAUCCAAGCAUUGCAUGUUCAUUGUGGCUGGUUUGUUGGAGAAUCUUGUGUUUAUUGGCAUUGACUUGGAAUUGUUUACUUGCGAUUGAGUGCAUCCUAUUAUGAUGAUUGGUUGGUGCAAGAAGUGUUUAGUUCUCAUAUGUGUGCAAACUGCAAAUAGAUGGAUUCCUUGACUUGAAUACUCAUUGAUUGCAAUUGCCAUGCAUUGAAAUUUUUGAAAUUGGAAUGGAUGAUUGAGCGACUAGGUAGCCAUGCGAGAUUUGUGCCGAUCGUCUUUUUCAUGUGUGAUAGUUUCAUCUUACCAUGGCGAGUAACAUUCACGUUGUCAUUAGCAAGUAUGAUGGAGGCAUAGGAUUAGUCCACACCCAAAAAUUUGAUUGUCCCGAAAUAUUUUAUCCCCUAGUCAACCCCUUUGAGCUAUGUGACUUAGGGCGUUCUCAUGUUGGGAGCUUGUGCUUUUUGAGCUUAAUGUUGAUUGAUAGAACGACCCUUUGCUUUCUUCGUGUCUAAACAGUUGUCAGUUGUCAUUGUGUCUCGGAGCUCUCAUUUUUUUAGCUCCAUCGAGGUUCUACAUAGGGGGAUUUUGCACGGUUCCUGCUAGGAAUGAAAAGGUAGUGUUGGA